UAUGCCAUCAGCUCUUCGACAUGUAUUAUAUUCUGAGAUAAUAAAAUAUGGAGCGGCUAAAUCAGGGUAGGCAUCCAGCCCACCUGGAGCCACUGGAGCUCGAGAUUCUAGAGCGGAGAGAUGCCUUCGGCUUGCCCCCCAAGGCUACCUGCGACGUCCUGGUGGAUGUCUUCUUCAGAUGGGUAUCUCCAAUCUUGCCCGUGGUGAAUCGGCAUGAUUUUAUGAAACGCUAUCACCAUACUGAAGAGCGUCCGUCGAUUCUUUUGCUGCAGGCAAUGUUCACUGUGGCAUCUCGAUUCAUAACGGGUCAACAAAGUCAAACAAUUACAGCAGUUUCACCGCGCUGGUUCUACAAAAAAGCGAAAGCACUGUAUGAUGCUGGGUAUGAGCAGGAUCUCCUUAUUGUAAUACAGUCUGUGACUCUUCUGGGGGUCUACUGGGAUGGUCUUGAUGAUCUGACAGAAAGUGGUCUCUUUUAUUGGAGUCGGCUGGGGAUUGCUUUAGCACAGGAACUAGGAUUUCACGAGAGAGAAAAGUAUUUGAAUCUCAGUCAGCCAAAGCAAGGUCUGUGGAAGCGCAUCUGGUGGACUCUCUACACGCGAGAUCGCUCUGUUGCUGCAGCAUUUGGUCGUCCACUACAUAUUCACGCAGAUGACUGCACAGUGGAAGAGUUAACAGAGAACGACUUUAUUGAGCACGAUGAAGAGCUCCAAAUCGAGUACCCUACUGAUGAACUCGGAGCGCGAUUCUUCAUCCAGUAUGUCAAGCUCUGUCAACUCAUGGAUCUAGGCCUAUGUUCAAAAUUGUCGUCUCGGUCAGAUCAGGCUAGUCGACAAGCUGAGACCGCCCAGUGCGAGCUUGGCUUGAACGAGUGGCUUGUAUCUUGUCCACCACAACUGGAGUGGAGGCAAUCGCGCCAUAACUUCUUAUCCGCCAUGUUAUUUUCUACUUUUCAGUAUCUAAUUACAACUAGUAUCUGCCAUGCCGUCGUGUCCUUUGUCACUCUCAAGUGUCAAAUGGAGGCUUCGAUGCCGUCUCUCCUUCACGCGAUUCGAUCGAAACUCGAAGCCAAUCUCGAAAUAGUGGAAAUCUUAUCUCGGACAUGGCCCAUCGCGAAUAUAUUCAUGGAACUUUUCCAGAGCAUGACGAGUCCGGAACGGUUUAACCAUUUGCUGUCGGCUGCGGUGGAAGAAUGCCGAAAACGCGCCGGUGGUGAGCAAACAGACACAUCAAGACCAGCCGGACCUUUCAGAAGGCCAAAAGUAAAACAGGUGAUUCUUCCGCAAAGUAGGCUUGUUCUCCAGAUUCUGCGAAGAGAAACCUUUAGGCAGCCGACCAAUCUAUACCAAGCGUCAGAUGCAAUCAACCAUGACUCGACGCUCAGUGGGGAAUCUUCCUCACAUUAUGCUACAUUGGAAGGCUUAGAUGACUACGAACCAACUUCAGAGGCGCUCGAGCCUUCUGCGGUGUUGCGAAACCUGCAGGAGAUGAUUCGGCUCCGUCAGAACCAUUCCUGAGUCACUAUUAGCUCCUCUAUGGGUAUGGUGUUACGAAAUGGUUUAGAUUGUUCUCGCCUUGCAGUGGGAGAUCACGACGGGGAUUACUUCUCGCAAAAUUACUGGGGCUUGCUUCAUCUUGAAUCCAUUGUGGGUGGAGGUGCUCGUAUAAAUCCAGAAGAUUGCUACGCGGUUGAGCUUAAAUUUGGACCCAACGGUGCUUAUUCUGGGCAGCGGCCUUACGCUCACCCAAUACUUCCCCGUCGCCGGAUUCGAACUCGAGUUUGUGCUCGUCUUCAUGGGUAUAUUUAUCAGGUCGGUGCCCUGUAUACUAUCUUACAAGACGCGACAUGUGAAAUUGAUGCCGGCGAAGCUGAAUACGAGGAAUGAGCUGGUAUUCAAAGCGUCCGCAGGCUCAUCAGC